AUGUCUGCUGCUCUGUUCCAAGCCUAUCUUCCGAUCCUUUUUCUUUCAGCGAGUUCCCAGUCAGAAGAAGCCUGGAAUGAAACACUUCUUACCCCAGAAAGAAGUUUUGAGCCUGUGGCUGAAGAUUCACAUGAGCUAGACGAGAGAAUUGAUAUAGCAGAUUGCGCAGAACAGCCGUUUAUUCGAUUAGAAAAUAUUCAGGGCCUAGAAAUACCGACAGUUUCUUGUGAUUUUACAGACCAGCAAUCAUCUAGACAUGUGGAUUUUGCGGUGCCAGAUCAGCUGGUCGCUGCAAUCCAAGCAGGGACUGAUCCGGGAUAG